CCAAACAUCCGGGUUCGUCUCUUUUGCGUUCCGGUGGGUCCCACCUCUCUCUCUCUCGUCCCUGGACAUCUCCCUCCGUCAGUCCCACGUCUCUCCCACUACUCCGCGCUCGGUGCCAGCGCGGGCUUCAGCGACGGGGGCUCUCGAGGGCCAUGGCAACUACGGCGGCGCCGGCCGGGGGCGCCCGAAACGGGGCUGGCCCAGAAUGGGGAGGGUUCGAAGAAAACAUCCAGGGUGGGGGCUCGGCUGUGAUUGACAUGGAGAACAUGGAUGAUACCUCAGGUUCCAGCUUCGAGGACAUGGGUGAGCUGCAUCAGCGCCUGCGCGAGGAAGAAGUAGAUGCUGAUGCAGCUGCUGCUGAAGAAGAGGAUGGGGAGUUCCUGGGCAUGAAGGGCUUUAAGGGACAGCUGAGCAGGCAGGUGGCUGAUCAGAUGUGGCAGGCAGGAAAGAGACAAGCCUCCAGGGCCUUCAGCUUGUACGCCAACAUCGACAUCCUGAGACCCUACUUUGAUGUGGAGCCUGCCCAGGUGCGAAGCAGGCUCCUGGAGUCCAUGAUCCCUAUCAAGAUGGUCAACUUCCCCCAGAAAAUCGCAGGUGAGCUCUAUGGACCUCUCAUGCUGGUCUUCACGCUGGUUGCCAUCCUCCUCCACGGGAUGAAGACAUCUGACACCAUUAUCCGGGAGGGCACCCUGAUGGGCACAGCCAUUGGCACCUGCUUCGGCUACUGGCUGGGUGUCUCGUCCUUCAUUUACUUCCUCGCCUACCUGUGCAAUGCCCAGAUCACCAUGCUGCAGAUGCUGGCACUGCUGGGCUACGGCCUCUUUGGGCACUGCAUCGUCCUGUUCAUCACCUAUAACAUCCACCUCCACGCCCUCUUCUACCUCUUCUGGCUGCUGGUGGGGGGGCUGUCCACCCUGCGCAUGGUGGCAGUGUUGGUGUCACGGACUGUGGGCCCCACACAGCGGCUGCUUCUCUGUGGCACCCUGGCUGCCCUGCACAUGCUCUUCCUGCUCUAUCUGCAUUUUGCCUACCACAAGGUGGUAGAGGGGAUCCUGGACACACUGGAGGGCCCCAACAUUCCACCCAUGCAGAGGGUCCCCAGAGACAUCCCUGCUGCGCUCCCUGCUGCUAGGAUUCCCGCCACCCUGCUCAACGCCACAGCCAAGGCUGUCGCAGUGACCCUGCAGUCACACUGACCCCACCUGAAAUCCUUGGCCGCCCCCCUUUCCCCCAGCUGCGGAGCGGAGGAGGAUUAAAGGACAGUACUGAUGA